UGGCAGCGGGAGCCACACGGCGCUGCUUUUACUUGCUUCGCACCGCUUCUGGCGCGCUCUCGGUUACGUGGCGGAGCCGCUCGUCGGGGGACAUUUAACCUGAAGACCGCGCGCGUUUCCACGAGAGCUUUGUUAUCUCGUGCUGUUGCUCUCGGUCGCUUGGAUAGGAGAGAUCGGACAGCUGCGGAUUCAGCCGGAGCUGAAGCUGCUGCUUUGAGUGGUUGUCGCUGGAUCCACGGAGAGCCAGAGGAGAGGUCCCGAGCUGGCGAGAGCGGCGACACGGGGACUGCGUGUCUGCGCUUUUUCUUUUUAAAAUCUCUGCGCUAGCAGGAACACUUUCUCUCUGAUUCUUUUAUUCUAACAGACACACACACACACACACAUAUAUAUAAUUCUUCUGUACUGCGUAGAUUGCGCAGGGCUGCCUCCUGUUUUGAACUGUUUCACUGCGAGUUGGAGAAACUGUUCGCUGCGCGGUGCGGAGUUGAGCCGUGGCUGAAACGGUGAUUUUGUGGCGUCUCUUGACUUAAAGUAGAUCCGAUCGAGGAAAUGAUCUGACUGCUAAAACCCCAAGUUGCUGCUUUAAAUGAAGAAGACGGCGUUUAAGCUCCAGGUACAGAAGAAUAGAGCUCCAUCUUUAAGGAAAUAAAAGUGGACUGUCAUUCACACAGGCACCACCAGCACACAUCAGAGCUUUUAAACCUGAUUCAAGAAGGACUUUCGGCCAAUUUUCAGUUCAUCGGAGUUCCACAGCAAUUAUGCCGCAGGUGGACAUGAUCCUCUUCCUCAUCCUCAUCAUUGGGAUGUGCGUGUACGGCCAGGACCCUGCUUCCAAGGUGGUUUCCGACCGCUACGCCGUCUUCUGGAACAGAACCAACCCCAAAUUCUACCGGGGUGACUACCACAUCGACGUCUGCAUCAAUGACUACCUUGAUAUCUACUGUCCGCACUACGUCGGCCCAGUUGCUGAUGAUCGAGCAGAGCGCUACGUCCUCUACAUGGUGAACUACGACGGCUACAGCUCAUGCGACCACAACUCCAAGGGCUUCAAACGUUGGGAGUGCAACAGGCCUCUGUCGCCAAAUGGACCGCUCAAGUUCUCAGAGAAAUUCCAGCUCUUUACGCCCUUCUCCUUAGGCUUUGAGUUCCGCCCUGGCAGAGAGUAUUAUUAUAUCUCCUCCAUCUCUGACGACAGAGGAAGAAGGAGCUGCCUUCGACUCAAAGUCUUCGUCAGGCCUCAGAACAAUUGUGUGAAAAACUCUGGGACCGUGGAAGAAGGAGUCAAUUUUGAUGAUAAUAGUCACAACUCCCUAGAACCUGGAGAUGGCGUCAGUCACGAGUCACCAGAGCCAGCAAGAAGGGAUGUGAACUCCGCUGGUCGGUGCCAGACUUCAGUUCUCCUGCUCAGCUCCACCCUCAUACUCCUGGCUGUCAUCUUGUCUUUAUAGCGGCGAGAUGUAGAAAUCAGGGAUGGACUGUCCUACCUGGAGCACAGGCCGCUCUACCCUGCAACCUCUCCCCUCAAGGAGCACUUUUAAAAGAAAAAAUGAAAUAAAUAAAAAAAAUUAAAACAAAUCACUGACAAUCUCUCGUUACAAAGAGAGAGGAAGGGACUUCGGUGCUGAAGCCUUUGAUGUUUUUUGACUUUGUAAAAUGCCAACUAGUUUGAUUUUUGACUUUCUGGCGAGUACCGAUGGUCGUGGCGCCCCCAGGUGAAAGCGUCUUUUACCUGUUCGCCUUGCUACCAUUUAAAGUAUGCAGAUAUUACACCUUUUUUUUUUUUUUUUGCAUUUAAAACAAG